AUGGAAUUAUAUCCAUUAGCAAUUCAAGCCAUUAUUUAUCUAGCGAUAACAUCUAAUUUUAUAAAUGCUUUAAAAAUUGCAAAAAAAAGUUUCGUUGAACCGGAAAAAAAUACAUUUGAAUGCACAUUAUCAGAUAUCCAAAAUCACUGUGCUCUUAAUGAAAAUAACGUAGAAUGCGUGCGUGAAGCGUGUAAUCGCUGUAUUCUUCUAACAGCUGCAUUGAAUCCUUUCGCGAAAUACUGCUAUUGGAUGACAUCUUGCGUUUGUGGAAUAAUUUCUGAUCCUACAUGCCUGGAUUUAAUUUCUUCUGAUUGUUACUGA